AUGUUCAGUAGUUCAAGCAUCAGAGAUCCCUUUGCAUAUCCAUCUGCAUCACAGACGGUCUCAAACGAUGACGAUGACGCCAACAUGGCAACCUCUCCCACUGAUGCAGUGCCACCACUGACUCGUGGUACCUCAACUGCAUCCUCAGUAGCCUCUUCAGUCGACACCGGUCUUGCUAGUAGUAUACUCGGAGAUGGCUAUACCCUUGAGUCACAAGAUGGAAUUUUGACAGUCCCGUUCCGAUACCAAGAGGAUGCCGACUUACUCUGCCCCUUCCAGAUCUUGGACUGUGAUCGGGUUUUUGCAGAGAUCGUUCCUUUCAAGAUGCACGUCUUUUCACAUUUUAGGGGGCAUGAGUUACCGGCAGUCGCAGCCUGUUUUUUGUGCGACGCCAAAUUUGUUCAGCACCCGGAAGAUGAUCGUGCUCUUGCGUGGAAUACCAUGUUAUCUCACAUGGUCCAUGAACAUUUCCGGCAAGGCCAACAUCUCGCAACUGUAAGGACGGAUUUCAGCCUCAUGCGGUGGAUGUUCAGCAAAAGGAUCAUAAACGAAGAUCAGUUCUCAAGAACACAAAUGAUGCCCAUACCUAUAAUGCUUCCGAGAGCAUCUAACUUCAGGAGAGAGAUCAGAAAUUUAUCGGAAGCACCUCGUGCUCCAUCCGCACCCCCACCUCCCGCCGUCCUAGCCCAUUUUGCUUCGGUCGGCCAUCAAGAUGAAUCAUAUACUGUCAAUGCUGGCAGAAGGUCAGAGCGCCGUCGAUUGGAAGCCACUCGAACGGUAGUGCGAGCAAGGAGCUAUAUGUGA